CGCGCAGGCUGGUUGGUUUUGUUACACUCUCUUUUUGGUUCCAAAAAUAUAACGGUCGUCUUCUCCGAAAGUUCGCGCGCAUAGCAAACGAGUUAGCGACUCAGUCCGAACUCACCCUGGCUAUUCUCUACCCGCACAACCACCCCAAGCUCACCAACCUCCUGCUAAGAUGCACCGCCCAGCUAACAAUGCGCCAUCUCUACCAAAUCCAAGCCCAACUCCUUACCAACCCAAUCCCCUCCAUCGACCCAAACAUCAUCGCCGUCAAGCUCAUCGGCGUCUCUGCGGCCCACGCCAACACCCGCCACGCUGCACUCGUAUUUAACCACCCCCUCAAAACGCCGAAUAUUUUCUGCUACAACGCCCUUCUCAAAGCAUUCGCCCAAAACAAUGACUGGCAAAACACGAUAUAUUUUUUCAAUCGGCAAUUGGGUUCGCCGGGUGCCCCGGACCCGGACGAGUACACCUUCACUUCGGUGCUCAAGGCCUGCGCCGGGAUUGCACGAGUGGCGGAGGGCGAGAAAGUUCACUGCUUUGUUUUGAAAUACGGGUGUGAAUCCAAUCUGUUUGUUAGAAAUUCGCUUACUGAUAUGUAUUUCAAGUUGGGUAAUUUUGGGAUUGCCCAGAAGCUGUUUGAUGAUAUGUCUGUGAGAGAUGUUGUUUCCUGGAACACUUUGGUUUCUGGGUAUUGUUCGAGUGGGCAGGUUGAGAAGGCUAGGUGGGUGUUUGAUGGGAUGGAAGAGAAGACUUUGUUUUCUUGGUCGACUAUGAUCAGUGCGUAUGCGAAGGCGGGUGAGUUGGAUGAGGCUCGGCGGCUUUUUGAUGAGAUGCCGGAGAGGAAUGUGGUUUCUUGGAAUGCAAUAAUUGCGGGGUAUGCACAGAAUGAGAAGUAUGCUGAGGCUAUUCAGAUGUUUAGGCAAAUGCAGCAAUGUGGGGUGACGCCAAAUGAUGUUACGCUGAUCAGUGUGCUGUCUGCUUGCGCUCACCUUGGUGCUCUUGACUUGGGGAAGUGGAUUGAUCGGUUUAUAAGGCGGAAUGGGAUGGAAUUAGGUCUGUUUUUGGGGAAUGCAUUGGCGGAUAUGUAUGCGAAGUGCGGCUGGAUAAUUGAGGCUAAACGGGUUUUUAACAAGAUGCAUGAGAGAGAUGUGAUAUCUUGGAGCAUUAUCAUCACUGGAUUGGCCAUGAAUGGCCAUGCUGAUGAAGCUUUCAGGUGUUUUGACAAAAUGAUUGAGUAUGGGGUGAAGCCAAAUGACAUCACUUUUAUGGGAUUAUUGACAGCAUGUACACAUGCUGGCUUGGUCGAUAAGGGGCUUGAGUAUUUUGAUUUGAUGGCCAAAGCAUACGGGAUCCUUCCCAAGGUUGAGCAUUAUGGAUGUGUGGUUGAUCUUCUCAGUCGUGCCGGCCGCCUUAUUGAAGCAGAGGAUAUGAUCAACACAAUGCCGAUGCGGCCUAAUGUUAUAGUCUGGGGAGCAUUGCUAGGUGGUUGCCGGAUUUAUAAAGAUAGUGAGAGAGGGGAACGUGUAGUUCAGCGUAUUCUUGAACUAGAUUCCGAUCAUUCUGGAAGCUAUGUUUAUCUUGCUAAUGUAUAUACGUCAAUGGGUAGGCUAGACGAUGCAGCAAGAUGUAGGCUGCAAAUGCGAGAUAAAGGCGUAUCGAAAACACCUGGAUGCAGCUGGAUAGAGGUGGACAACAUAGUUCAUGAGUUCUUCAUGGGAGACCUGUCGCAUCCUCAGAUGGACAAGAUAUAUUCGAUGAUUAGAGAACUAAGGAGGAAAAUGAAGCUAGCUGGGUACAAACCGAAGACGGAUUUAGUCCUACAUAAUAUCGAUGAAGAAGAGAAAGAGGAUGCAUUAUUAGUUCACAGCGAGAGGCUAGCGAUUGCAUUCGGGCUGAUUAGUACCAGUCCUGGAACCACAAUUCGAAUCGUGAAGAAUUUGCGAGUUUGUCACGAUUGCCACGAUGCAACGAAACUAAUCUCUAAAAUUGUUGGGCGAGAGAUUGUUGUGCGCGAUCGCAGUCGGUUCCACCAUUUCAAAGAUGGGAAGUGUUCUUGCAAUGACUACUGGUAGCAAGUGUUGAGUGGAGAUUGUUAAGCAGGUAACAAGUUCUCUGGAUUAUGGGAUGCAGCAAAAGGAAACAUCAUGUUGACCUCCAACGAACGGGAAAUGAAAUCAUUUGAUUUUCAAUUUCACCUGCGUUUACUAAAAUAUAGAGUUUGAGGGGUCAUAGCAAACCGAUAAUUUCAGAUUGGAUUCGGAAACAUUUCAAUUCCCAUCCAAUAUUUUUUGGAAUUUUUUCAGAUUUCGAAAUUUCGGUUUUGGAUUCAAAACUGAACGGCUUCCAAAACCAUUCAGAUUUUGGUGGAAAUGCACAACCUUACUCAAAAGUGGUCACUAUCUUCAGUCAAACAAUGAAAAGGUUUCCUGUUCCCGUGUCUUUCACCCAACUCAUGUUCCGAGAAACCAAACAACUCGGUGCAACUACCAGUUUCACACAAGGCAUUUCCAUUGAUAACGACACCAAUUACAUAUGGUUUCCGGUGAAAGGAAGAAAAUAACUUUGCUGGAUAAUAAUUGCAAAAUUAAAACGCUAUCAUUCACGACAAUCCAUAUCCAGAGACCCCAGAACGCAAAGACAAACGGUUUUCAUACAUAAAAUCCAUCACAUCCCAAGCAGCAACAACUUUGUUUUCAAACCAAGUUCACCAUAACUUCAAAUAAACUAGCUACUGCCAAACAAAAGAUGAAAACAAUGUCAAUUGCGGUUGAUGCAAACCCCGUCUCCAAAAACCCGGAAAUGAAAACAGCAAGAGCAGACAACUGGGGAGAGAAUCAACUCACCGAAGCAAUUAGAGACCCUGCUCGAUAAGGUAAUCUCCCAGCCUCUCCACAACUAUGUUGCACUGCCCAGGAGUCAAAGGCUCAUCG